AUGUUGAUGCUGCUUCUCCACCAGGGCAGAGGUGGAAGGGCUGCUGCUUCACUCUGCUCACGAGUGGAGGGGGCCUGGUGCCUACAUUCCUUUCUGUUACUAAUUAAUUCAUCCAAGACGUCAAUGGAUUUCCCCAUCACUUCCUGCACCACAAACUGGUUACUGUUGUUUUUAAAAAGCAGGCAACAAAGCACUCUAACCCACUAUGAAGUUCUGCAGAACAGUGGCAAUGCGGAAGCGACCAGGACCAAGAGAAAGGGGGAAACAUGUGUGACAGUGACAAUGCCCAGAGCACCUCAUUGCCCUGACCACCCACUCUUCUCCCACUGCCAGAUCCUCUCUCGCUGUGAUAUUUCUGCCAUCCAAGAGGUGCGGGACUCCAGGGGUGCAGCUAUUCAGACAUUGCUGCGGGAGCUGAACAGGUAUGAUCCCUCUCAUCACUACAGCCGCCUGGAGAGCAAGAGGCUGGGGCGAGGCAGCUACAAGGAGCAGAAUGUCUUUGUGUAUCGAAUGGAUGUUGUGUCAGUUACUGAUUGGUGCCAGUUUGGGGAUGAGGAUGCCAGAGAUUACAAGGCAUUUGCCCGGGGGCCCUUUGCCGCUCGCUUUCACUCUCCAUACACAGCUAUCCUAGACUUUGUGCUACUUUUACACCACACCAGUCCUCGGGAAGCUGCCCAUGAGCUUGAUCUGCUGUUUGGAGUAUGCACAGAACUGAUGCAACAGUGGAAAACUGAGAAUGUGAUGCUGCUGGGAGAUCUGAAUGCUGCUGGUGCCUACAUCCCAGCAAGUGCUUGGGCUGGGAUCCGCCUGCGCAAUCACCUUGCUUUCCACUGGCUCAUUGGUGACGGAGAGGACACCACAGUCAGCCACCGGACCUGCUGUGCCUAUGACAGGAUUAUAGUCCAUGGAGAAGAGCUGCUUGGCGCCAUUGUACCCAGAUCUGCCAAGCCUUUCAACUUCACACAAGCACUCGGACUAUCGGAGGAAGAGGCCCUAGCAAUCAGCGACCACUAUCCUGUAGAGGUGAAUCUUCGGCUUGCUCCGAAAGCCCAGCGAGAGCUCUAAACCGUCAACCAUCCUUUUGGCUAUAGAAGCAAGGGCAAUGGCAGGGCAAAGAGAGACUAACUUCUCUCUGGGAAAGGAAAGUUUGACAGAGCUUCAGGAGGAGACAGGAUCAACAUCGGCUGAGAGAGA